CCUGUGCAUACGACAUGGGAUGGAUUGCGGGUGCGGUCAUAGUCUAUGUCAACGAGCGAGCGAGCGGGCGGGCGCCCACUUGGACCCGGGCGUCGUGCCUACAUCACUGCCUGUCAUCGUUGAGCCUUUCCUUUGCCUCUGCCUUUGCUUCUGCCCGAGUCGUCUCCGCUGCUCCUUUGUGCUCUCUCUUUCUCUUGCGUGCUCACCUGCCUGUUCUUCCCCACAUCAAGCUGCGAGAGCCCUACCGGUACUAGAUAUACACGCUAGCGCCCCCACAGCUUCGACUUGACCAUCCACCACCCCCGAUUUCAACGCACCACGCCGAGACUCGACGCUUGCACUAGCCUGCCAUGUGGUCUUGCGCCUUGCUUUGUACGAGUACAUGACCAAAAAAAGAAACAGCACAAGUCCGACUUCGAUGUAAAGCUGCUGUACGCUUCGCGGCAGCAUAGAGACGCAAGCGUCGAGAGAAUGGCCGACGCCGGCGCAAGCGCAACCACCAUGGCCACGCCCUCGCACCCCCAUUUCGACCACGACGACGCCCUCACACUGAACGAAUACGGCCUGCCUGAGCUCCGAGCCUCCCCGAACCCCAUUGGGACCAGCCCAGCCAACAUCAUGUCGACCUUUGCCGACUUCGACAUGGCAUUCGCCCAGACGGACAGAUUCAGUGCCGCCUUUGAUGAGGUCCAGCCCAAGAUGGAGACUGGUUAUGGAGAGGACAGAGGAAGCGUGGGCAAUCUGAGCGAGGAGAAUCUCGCCAGCGUGCGUGUACAUAGGAUGAGCAUCGGGGCGAGUCCGCGGAACAUGUUGCACGACGGGAACAACACCAGUCCCGAGAGCGCGCCUACGCUUGGCCUGCUAGCCAUAGGAGACAUGAGCGAGGCGACUGCCCUUGCCAUGAAGCUCAGCGGAAACGACGGCACCGAUCACUCCACCACAUCGAGAAGGAGCAAAGAUGACACCCAGGACCCGCCACUGUGGAGCGAGAUGAAGACAAAGGCUGGCAAGGAGAGGAAGAGGCUGCCACUCGCAUGCAUCGCCUGUCGGCGGAAGAAGAUUCGCUGCUCGGGCGAGAAGCCAGCCUGCAAGCACUGUCUGAGGAGCAGAAUACCGUGCGUCUACAAGGUCACCACCAGAAAGGCAGCACCAAGAACAGACUACAUGGCCAUGCUGGACAAGCGGCUGAAGCGCAUGGAGGACCGUGUUGUCAAGCUGAUACCCAAGGAGAGCUUGCCUUCGGUCGCCAAUGUGGGCAGGUCUGUGGUCAAACCCGCCAUUCCGGGAGCCCCGCCCAAGACCCCAACCACCAAGAAGCGCGCAGCAGAAGAAGCUUUUGGCAGCGAGCUGGACGAUUGGUCUAGAUCGAAAGGAGCAGAUCCGGACACCUCCGCAGGACCAGGGUCUCGCGGAAAAGAAUCUUACGACACCAAGCUUCUAACCGAUGGUGCCGAGAGCUUACCAUCGAGAGAAAUCCAAGAGCAUCUGGCCGAAGUCUACUUCGACUACGUCUACGGUCAGAGCUACCCGCUUCUCCACAAGCCGAGCUUUAUGAGGAGAUUGGCAGCUGGCACAGUGCCGCCAGUACUCCUACUAGCCAUGUGUGCCAUAUCCGCGCGUUUCUCCACACAUCCUCAAUUACGGUCGGAGCCGUGCUUCUUACGAGGCGACAACUGGGCAGAGCGGGCGCGGGAGAUUGCACUCAAACGAUACGACUCGCCCAACAUUACAAUUCUCAUCGUUUACCUACUACUAGGACUUCACGAGUUCGGCACAUGUCAAGGCGGGCGGAGUUGGAUGUUUGGGGGUAUGGCGCAGCGGAUGGCGUACGCUCUGCAACUACACAAGGAGAACGAAUACGAUCCGCUCGUUAGCGAGGCCGACAGGAAACCAUUGAGUGCGACAGAUCGUGAGAUUCGACGGCGGACUAUGUGGUCAUGUUUCCUCAUGGACCGCUUCAACUCGUCAGGAACCGAUCGACCGCUGUUCGUACACGAGCAGUACGUCGAAGUGCAAUUACCUGUCAAAGAACAUUUAUAUAUCCACGAAAUCCAUGCGCCAACAGAGAAUCUAGAAGGUAACGUGCCAAAUCCGGUCCCACCAGACAGCGGUCAACUAGCGAAUUCACGCGACAACAUGGGUGUCUCAGCAUACACCAUAAGGCUGGUGUGCAUAUGGGGCAAGGUUAUCAAGUACGUGAAUCUAGGUGGCAAGGAGCGUGAAGCAGAACCAAUGUGGUCGUCGGAUUCAACCUACCACAAAAUUAGGAAGGAGGCCAGAGAGUUCAAGGUGUCGCUGCCUGAAAUGCUUGUAUACACUCCAGAAAACCUCAAGAGCCACGCUAUUGGCAAGACGGCAAACUCUUUCCUUUACCUCCAUAUCUUAUGGCAACAGGUAAUGCUCUUUAUGCAUCGCUUCGCCCUACCGUCAACAGCAGGCAGUCGGCCACCAAAAGACAUGCCGCACGACUUCCUCACCGAGUCCGCCCGCACUGCGCUCGAUGCUGCGAACCAGAUUUCAAUGCUCAUCAACGAGGCCAUGGAUCACAAUGUCGUGGCACCGUUCGCCGGUUAUUCUGCCUUCUUCUCCUCGACUGUCCAUGUCCAUGGCGUCUUCUCAAAGAACCCAAAACUCGAGACGCAGUCAAAAAAGUACCUUGCUUACAACGUAAAGUACUUGACCAAGAUGAAGAAGUAUUGGGGCAUGUUUCACUACAUUGCAGAGAACUUGAAGGAACUGUAUCGACAACACGCAGACGCACAGCUCAAGGGGCCGAACGUGACAGGGGACAAGAAGAAGGGUAGCAUCUUCCAGUACGGGGACUGGUUCGACAGAUACCCACAUGGCGUUUCGAAGACAGACUACGAAGAUGCAGCUGAAUCAACUCCGAACGAGCCGGGUACCGACGCUGUCCUGGGCCAGAAGAGCGACCUCCAGAGUGUCGAAGAGUUCUUCGCGUCGCUAUCGCCACCGACCAAGGCCGACCAGCAACGCAAGCAAGCCCGCAAGAACAAGUCAAAGUCUGUCUCAAAAUCUGACGCCCCAACCUCAGUGCAUACAGAUUCCCCACACAUGCAACGGCCUAACAACCUGAGCCAACCAAGACACCCAGCGCGCCUCCAGCCGCAGCAACAGAUGAGCCAAGCCAACUUGGCUUCCCAAGACGCGAUAGAAGCAGCUAUCGCCGCUGGAUUUGACCCUGCAGCGCUCUUCGCACAACAAGCACAAGCACAAGCACAACACCAACACACACCCUCCCAACAAUUCAUGGCCGAGUUCGCAGGACAUCAUCCCCAUCAGCACCAUCAACACCACAGCAACCUCCCCAUGCUCAACACGUCGCCCACCAUCGUCCACCCGGGCCACCAAAUGGACAUGUCGCCCUUCCCUGACCUAUCCGCCGACUUCAACAACGCCUUUUGGAAUCUCGAAGCCAUGGGUAUGGCUAACAAUAACUUCUUCGAUCCCAUGAGCAGUUACUUUGUACCGUUCAAUGUCGAGCCUCCCACCAUGGGUGAUGACGGUGCGUUUGCACAGGCCAAUGCCGAGGCGUACGGUUUUGCCCUCGGCGCUGGGACGCCGGUGGAUCUCGAUAUGAUGCAUGGGCAUGGCGGGGGUGUGCCGCGGGGGCAUCGAUCGAGUAUUAGCGGGAGGCCACAGGCACAGAGGAGGGGGACGGGGAGUGGAUUGGACUGAUUGGAGUUCAAUGGAGUUGAGUUGCGUUCGAUUUAGCGGGGGCGUCUUUGGGAGGCUUUUGACUUGUAGUCGACAGUUUGCAUGUUCAACCUGCGAAUGUUAGGGAUACGGGUAUACCACGGCGCUGUAGAGGCGUACGACGGAACGAAAGCAAGUGCUAUUGUUGUUGGUGUUUGUAUAUACUGUCGUCUGCGACGGUUAGAUGUACUGACCUUGUUACGUAUGUAAGCUGAAGCUCUGUUCACGCCGUCGAAUGUUGGCGAUGGAUUGCCAUUGGUUGUACUUUGUAGUCUACCUCUCUUCUGAUAUUUGAUGAUCUGCUGUUUUCACGUUGACAGUAUUGCUUGGGC